AUGUUUGAUGCCUGUGGAGAACUGGCGUUUGAGCAAGGAGGUUUGGAAGGAGCGAUCGUGGUGGAGUUUGGCAGAUCAGAAAGUGAUUUUCGUUUCCUGGUAAGGCAGGACAAAUUCCACCUGUGGCUCUUUUCACCUUUCUGCAGACAAGGCAGGUGGAUCUCGGAGCGGCUCUGGGUGGAUGCAACCAGGAAGUCACAGUCUCCCUGCCUGGACAAGCAGUCAGCCAGCCAGCCGCCCACACUCCCGCUCAGAGUUUGUGCCAAGGAGCUCCGGAGCCCUUCCUUGCCCUGCCGAGAAUGGGCCCUUUUCUGCGCUAGGGGGGCGAGCAGCACAUGUUCGCCUGGAGGACUUGGCCGCUUUCUCGAGUUUCGUUUCCUCCUUUCCCGUGAGUGUAUGGCUCCUCCGCUGGAAGAGAAGACAGAGACUGCAACCUCUCCCGGGCCCCCGCUUUCCCCCCAUGUGUGGGGCUUGGGGGCUGUGGCUUCCGUUGCCCCCCUUAUCUUGCUGCUGCUGCUCUGCUUUCCCUUCAAAAGGAAAAAACGGCAAUUAUCAACCAGAACUUUUAAGAGGGACUUCAACGCAUCAGAUCUCAUCAGCGUGACGAGACUGGAAGACCGGCUGAGCCCAGCUGAGAAGACCCUUGAAGAUGGAGAGUUGCACAACAGUAGCUCUUUGCCCAGUCAUCAGGUGGAGAGGCAAACGAAUGGUUUUCCUGCAGACUUCGAGCACAGAAAUGCCAGCUCCCCAAAAGAAAUACGCACAGUUAGCCCAAACCACCAAACUCUGGAGAAGGCCAGAAAGUCGGAUCCGCACCACCUAGGAGCCUCGGGACCAUCAGGAGCAUCCUGCCCAAAAGCAACUUCCCCGAGCUCGCUGCAGUUCAGGAAACUCCCGAUGACCCCGAAGGAGGCCCGUGUAUCUGGAGCGGAGCCCCUGAAUGGGAGCAUCGACAACCAAGUUUACGAAAGCAUCGAGGAUGGAAAAAGGGCAUUAUAUACCAGGGACCGGUGGGAGGGAAGGGAGGGCUCUGGCUUGCCAAUCAUUAGCAGCGCAGGUUGUGCUGCAACCCCGGGGGACCCGCUUGCAGGAUCCGCCGAAUUGCGCAGGAGGGACACGGGGAGUAUAGGGUCCAGUGGGGUGCCAAUACAGCCACCUACAGCCUUGCAGGGCAGUGAGUCCCUGGGCCAGGUGCCGGGACCAACACCCGAGGGAGGGGCUCCCAUCCAGACCAGCUAUGACAUGGAGAAAAGGCUGAGCGCCAUGUAUGCCAAAGUGUGCAAGAGGCCCAGGCCAGCGCAGGAGUGGCAGCCAGCAGACCACCGCAAGCCCCCCGAACAGGAAGAGGAGGAGCCUCCCCCCAUCCCAGAGAAGCGCUUUGAGGACAUCUACGAGACCUUGAACCUCGAUGCCGAGAUGCAGGGAGGCGACACGCCGGGUGCCAUCGCGCCACUGGAAGUAUGAACCGAGGUCGGGGUGAGGGAAGAGCAGAGGCAAGACGCUGGAAAAGACUGGAGACACACAUGCCCCCCCCCCCCCCGGAGCUGUCAAGGCUCCUUCUAGGCCUCUCGGACGGAGGGCAGGCGGAAAGCCUUUGGGGACCCAGAAAGCAUUUCAGGAUUUGGGUUCUCCUCUGCCCCAGUAAACAUUUUCUACAGGACUUGGCAGGUGGAGGGCUUUGGGUGGUGGUGGUGUUCUGUUGUAGGGUGCUGGGGGGUGGGGUGUCCGUGGGUCUUCCAAGAGCCGCACAGGAGCUUGUUGUCAUGUGGAACAACAGACUCGGGCUCAAAACAAGCACAGCCGCAUCCUUUUUAUUUAUAGCCUGCGUUUUCCACAAGCACGUCGGCGAUUGCAAUUGUUUAUAAUAAAAGUUUUUAAUAUCGCUGGAGCACAACACUAAUAAUAAUGAUGGUGGUGGUGCAACGAUUAAAAGUUAAUUCUGCAUUUAUUUAUUAUUUAUUUCAUAAAAUUUGUGCACCGCCUGAUUGUAAAAACAAGCAAACAAAAAAACCCUCUAAGCAGUUUACAAAGAGAAUAAACCAAUAAAAUUAUCAGUUGGAAACCGCAGAAGCAGCUCUUUUUUAAAAAAGAAGGUUUUAGGGGGGGGGGCUUUCCAUUCCCAUACUUUUAUGUUAAGCUGCCUGAAGAAGCGCCAAGCGUGUUGCUGUGCCCGCUUGGCAAAAGGUAUGUCCAUUCCAGUCUUGGCGGCAAACUCCCCGGAUGGUCUCAGGGAAUUGCUUUCCCAGCCUCAGUUCUCAUCUGCAAAAUGGGCACGACAGAAGCCCUGCUGCAUGGAGCUUUCUUGAGGAUGUGUGAACCAAGGUGUGGCUUGAAUUCAAAGGGGCUUUUGCGCAAGGACUCCUCAGUCCAUGAUGCCCCACUUUUAGAUAGACAGACAGACAGACAGACAGACAGACAGACAGACAGACAGACAGACAGACAGACACUGCAUUUGCAAAUAUUUGGUAAGUUAUUCACAGAUAAUCUUAUCGAGCUGCCUGAAGCUUGUGCAUUAAGAUGAGAGGUGUGUUAUUACUCUUAACAUUUUGGAUUGCAAACUUGUCCUUUGGUCAUUUUAUAAAAAAUGAUUAUUCAUGCUGUUUUCAGCAGCCAGACGCACUCUAGGAAGAAAAUACGAAUGCGUAUGCACCCAACGCGUGACCCUGCCCCCAACACGGGACUAUCAAUGAGGCCAUUGUCUUCUGCCCCAGUUCUCUUCUCCCCUCCACCCCAAACACUUUCCCUCAGCGCUGCUCUAUCUGCCUUGUAAAAUGACAAAGGGACGUUAUGUUGGGGCACUGCUAGAACUGGAAACAAUGGCAGGCCAUUCAGAAUUCGGGAUCUGGGGCAGCCCAGUUGUUGUGGUCCUUGCUUGGCAGAGAGGACUGGCAGCUCCUGAGCAUGGGAUGUAAGAACGUAAGAAGAGGCUGAUGGAUCAGUCCUGGUCAGCAUGGGAGUCGUGCUCCUGAAUAACUAGGGGGCACCGGGAUGGAGAAGCCUGCUUUAUUGUGACCUGCAAAGGCAGCUGUGGUGUCUGGAUAUUGCCUGGAAUAAGGGGCACCUUUGCUCACAGUUCAGCAGCCCCUCAUAGAAUUGUAGAGUUGGAAGGGACCCUGAGGAUCAUCUAGGCCAACCCCCUGCAAUGCAGAAAUAUGCAUCUGUCCCAUACGGGGAUCGAACCUGCAACCUUGGUGUUAUCAGCGUCACAUUCUAAUCAACAAAGAGAGACGUUCAGAGCUUUGCCGUGCUGCCUAGUAGCCAUCGCUAGCCCUCUCCUCCCCCAUGAAUUUGUCUAAUCCUCUUUUAAAGCCAACCAAGUUGGUGGCUGUCACUGCCUCCUGUCCUGUGGCAGUGAGUUCCGCAGUGUGUGUGCUGCAAGAAGAAGGGCUUUCUUUAAUCUGUCCUGAAUCUUCAGCGUCAGUGGAUGUCUGCAAGUUCUAGUGUUAUGAGGGAGCAUGAGCAGAAGUCUGCAGAAGCACAGGACAUAUUUUUGAGGGGGAACUCUCCCUCCUCUGAAAAAGAGCCCGGUGGGGACUGAAUAUGCUCUGACUGCUGGGUGCUGAGGGGUGGU